CCUUGAAGGCAACACGGGUUAUCGCCACCAUCACAGCCAGUCUCUGUCACCCCCAGUCAAGGUGUCAUUUAAGGCAGCUAGGUACCCGUUUUACUCUGCGUUCAAUUGAACCAUUUUGAUACACAUUCCUGCUUGACAUCUCGGGGCCUUUGGUGCAAUGAAGGGAAUCAGGUUUUUUGUGGUUUUCUUGGUGCUUUCCGCGUCUUUGCUGUGCACAGCCGAAGCGGGCAGGAGCAGGACCAGUAACCAGAACAGCUUCCGACGGGCAGCUAACGGCAUCUACCAGACUCUGAGCAGUGUUUUCGGGGAGGACAACAUCAGAGGGUUAUACAAGUUUUUCUCCAAAACAACGGAGCGGUUUGUCCAUGGAGUGGAUUCUUUUCUGGAUACCAUCUGGAAGAUCUGGUCAGAUCUGCUGGAUGUGAUGGGCAUUGACUCCUCAAACCUCAGCCACUACUUCAGCCCCACAUCUCUCACCAACUCUCCGGCACGUGCCCUCCUCCUGGUUGCCGCCGUACUCUUGGCCUACUGGUUUCUCUCCAUGUUCCUGGGUGGUUUCUUCUACUUGCUGCAUGCUUUGUUCGGCCGCUUCUUCUGGCUAGCUCGUGUCACCCUUUUUGCCCUGUCCUGCCUCUACAUCCUGCAGAAGUUCGAGGGCGACCCUGAGCGUGCUGUGCUGCCACUGUGCUUCAUCAUGGCUGUGUACUUCAUGACGGGGCCUGUGGGAGCGUACUGGCGUCGGGGGGGCGGGGCAGGUUCACUGGAAGAGAAAAUCGACCACUUGGACACUCAGAUCAGGCUGCUAAACAUCAGGCUGAGUCGUGUCAUAGACGGCCUUGAACGCACCGGGGACCAGUAGACUUAGGUGGCAGCGAGGAUGAGGGGGAGGGAAGGGGAUAUUGUAAAAGUGGCUGCAUUUGAUGUCAGAAUGCUGUAUUCUGCGCACAUCUGCCGCAACACAACUACUGGGUAUUUACAACUUUAUUGUCAGAUGGGGGACAAAACUAGGCUUGAAAACAGUAUUUUAAUGGAAUGUGUUGAUUUUGGUUACAACAUACCUAAAAAUCCUCAGAGGUGUGGACAGUUAACUUGGAGCUCACACAAAUCAACCAAACAAGUUCUCUUCUUUUUUCUUUUUUUUUCUCUCAAGGCUUUGAAAGGUUUUUGCUAUAUCUGUAAAGAGGUUAUUGGAAAGAUGUCCAUGGUUUUCUAAAUGCUGGUCUAAUUCUACACCUCAGCUACUUUUGAGGAAACUACCAAGCUGGGGUUUUUAUUUUGGUGUUUGGAUAAAUAUUGUCAAUGCUUGUGCUAAAUGAAUAAGCAUAUUUUAUGUAUGUUUGUUUAUUUUUAUCCUUGUGAAAAAUCUGGGCAGUACAAUUGUUACACAGGUUCAUCCACAACCACCACCACCCCACCCCCUUUUUUUUUGAAACCAUAUUGAAUUAGGAGAGGGAUAGGGUGUAUGAUGCAGGGGACAGGUACAAACAUUGUAUUUCUAAUAUGUAAAAGAAAAACCUCAAGGUAUUGGAUAGUUGUCCAUAGUGAGAUUUAUUUAUUCCAUUUCCAUCCAAAAUGUUGAAAUUAUAUAGAUCGAGUUUGUUUCAUUUUGUCACAGUUCCAUAGGGAAAAUAGUUUGACAUCAGGACCUCCUUUUCUUAUGUGUAUGGUGUAUAAGCAAAAGCAUCUGGGAAACCUACUGGAAUGUGUGUGCAAAUGCGUGUAUGUGUGUGUGUGUGUGAGUGAGUGUGUCAAGCUUGUGGAUUGAAAAAGCACUAUUAAGAUAUCACCAUCAGACUUGGAGAAAAUGCAGACAGACAGCAAUAUCUCAGGGACUCAAUCAACACAUAUAUCGAAUUGGAAAUGAGAUAUUAAGUAUAUUAAAAUUACAUCUUGGUCUCUUUGAGUCACUUGACAGUUUUUCAGAUAUGGUUUCAAAUCCGUCUCAGUAUCUUAUACUUGUGUUUUUGCAUCAUGUUGAAAUUGCAAAAUUUGAUUUGUAUCUGACUCAGAUCAAGACUAAAUCCAGCUUUUCAUUCAUAAUUUCGAUACUGGCAUAGAAUUACUGUACAGAUUUGAACUGUAAUUGUUGAUUCUAAAGUUUGAAUUGGGCAUUUUAAAUAUCUAAAUGUGUUAAUGCACUAGCUAAUUAUCCACAAAAAUGGUGAAGAAAAAUAACUUUUUGAGUCCUAUCACACUGGCUUGGAUUCUCAAUACAAAUUCAUAUUGUAGGAUUGGAUUUUAGUCAGGUAUAAAUGGGAUCAGUGUCUUAAUUUGGUUUGUGCAACCCCAUUUUAGCCUGCUUUAGAAACAGCUGUACUUUAUUCUGAAUUUAUUCAUGUUAGUAUAUGAUAUAUAUUACCAAUAAUUGAAUGAUAGAUCUCCGACGAGCCUGACUUAUUCACACAUUAUAUCAUUCUGUUAAAAACAGUGCUUUAGACACAUGCUUGGUGUGCAUUACUGUAGCCAUCAUUUGUUAGUUUGGUGGACUUCUUUUUAUAACUAUUAUUUCUGCCAUUAUUUUUUAUACUUCUCAUCAUGUAUUGUCCAAAGAGGCUGAGCCCUGUUAGUGUUUUUUUUCCUGCCUUACUUCACUAUAUCACAUCUUCAUCUAUUCAUAUUCCCCCUUGAACACUCAAUGUAAAUUCAAUUUAUAGAAUCUGGACUCUGUAAACACGUGCUUUUAUACAAAUGACCCUAAUGCUGUGCAACUUGUGGAAGUUGUUGCUUUCAGUGUCUCAUGAGAAAGACUGACUAAAGCCGAACACAAGUCGGUAAUGUUGGAGGAUGGUUGAAAUGACCAGAGGGCUCUCACAGUUGCCUCAUGACACUAUUGAGGCCAAAGAAAAAAAACAGUGUUUAUACUUUUAACACUCAGAUUAACAAACCGUGCAGCAACUAUUAGUAUGAGUGAGAUACUGUGGGAAGUACUUUCUCUCAGUUGUAAGAGUGCAAUGUCAACAUUGUUCUUGGGAGAAGGGGAGUGUUGCGUCACUGUAAUAUGAGGUACAAACAUAUGGACUCUGGCUAUUUCUCAGCAUAUUCUGAUAAUUACCGGUACAUGUGGUUUUUCAUGCGCUCAGUCGAACAGCUGAUUUAGGAUUCUCAUUAGUCCGGUUGACUUGCCUUUCAGGCUCAAUACCAGCAAAAUUCAACAAAAAAAAGGGUAAAAUUUUUGAAUGCAGGUUAUCUUAAUGUGUAUCAGUUGUUUGUAAAUUUCUGAGUUUAAAAAAAUGUACUUAUCCUACCUAAACAUGUCCGGUUUGUCCCCUGCAGUAAACCACCCAGGUAGCUCAUAACAGCCAAAGUAAGCUUGGAUUUUCUUGCAUGCUAUGUUUUUAUGCCUAUAACGUUAUGUUACAUUGUAUAAAUGUUAUUGACUGCUUAGCAGGGGUGGGGGAUGUGAGUCACAUGACUUCAUUCAAGUCAGACUUAAGUCACAAAUUUGAGGACUUGACAUUUGAUGACUAACAAUGAUAAAAGACUCAACUUGACUUUGACUUGGUAUUCAUGACUUGAGACAAUUGACUUUCUUUUAAGAGUAAUAACUGGAAUGGCACUCAGUAGAACACACAGAGGAAAGUGAUUAAAAAAAAAAAAAAAAAAUCCUGUAUCCGCCCCUUUUAAUUGGAUUCUUGGUUCUUCCCUGGCCCAUGCCCUAUCCCUCCACCAAGUUUGGUGCAAAUCAGUUCAGUACUUUUUGCAUAAAACGAAUAACAAUUUUAGCAGUUGGUGGCUUGCAGUCACAGAUCCAGACUCUACAGUAAAUUGAGACAUGAGUGUUGAGACUUGAGACCUACUCCCACCUCUGCUGCUUAGGUAGAGAGCCCUUCCAAAAUGUGAUUUGUGAUGUGAUGCAUUAGCCCCAUGUUAAUUAUAUUAGGGCUUUGUAUAAUGAGUCUUAUUUUCUUGUACUAUUGCUGUUUACAUUUGCACUGACACUGUACUGUGUAGACCAAAUAGUCACAUUUACGAGGGCUGUUCCACAUUUCAAGACCAAACUGGACAUAAACCCUCUGAAUUUUUUUCUCAUUCCAUCAGAGCCAUGCUGUCUAUGUUAUCAUCUCUGACUUGCUGGCAAAUUUCAAAAUGUGUAAAAUUAAAGUUGUCUUUUUUUUUCCAUUAUUUUGAAGAGGUGAAGCUGACUUGAGAGAGGGGCUUUAGCCUGGUGACUUGUCGUGUGUGGUUACCCCCCCCCCCCGUAGCCAGGUACCUGUGUAUGUUAAAAUAAUGACAGCAUGUGUGAUAUGUGAAGGUGUUAAGUGAUUAGAAUUAAUCAUGUAUGUUGUAUGAAGGAAGGUUUUACCCAGUUUUCCAGUGGCAUGGCACUAAUGUAGUUGGAGUCAGGUGAUCUUAAUGUUGUCAGGCUCUCAGUCAUUAUUGUAUCAGAUUUCAAACACAAACGUGAGAUACUGUACCUCAGUUGGUUCAGAAUCUCAAGAGAUUCAGGAUUUUGAGGGGUAUUUAUCUGAUCUUGUGUUUUAGACACUUGAAAUCUGUUCAAGAGAAAAAAAGAACCAGAAAUGAGAAAGUUUCUCUUCAAAUUGCUCACACGUGCUCUUACAGUUUUCUUAUUUUUAGCACAACAAAAAUGUCAGUUUCUGAGACAAAAACCAGCUUGAGAACUCUCCAAAGGCUCCAAGAGGAAGGUUUUAACCUUCCCUUUAAAUAUCAUGGAAGAGACACUGUAUACUUAAAGUUGCCACUAGCUGUAGACCUACUGAUGAACCACUUGUUGUUAUCACUCAGAUGCUGAAGGAUGCCAGUGUUGCAUUGACACAUCUCAGCUCCGGAUUUAAUUCUUCAUUCAAAUUAUAUUUAUUUUCUGUCGUCUGAAUGACUUGUAAUUCCUUUAAUUUAAUGUACUGUAUCCUACUUAUUCCUAUUAUUCCACAUAGCCUGCUUUUUAUAAUAUACUGUGCCAAUAAUGUUUAUUUUUAAUUAAUUUAAGGCAAUUAUUUGUAACUUGAAUUUUGAGUAGAUGCAGAUAGAUUUUUUUAUUUUAUUUCAUCAAUUAACAUUUAUAGACCUUUUUUAUCUGAAUAUUUCUGUACUUCAGUGAUGUGGCAACCGCCAAACUGUUCUGCCUGCUGAUGUCUACUUUGUGUGUGAGUCUUUAUGAAAACUUGUUGAUGGGUAACUGAUUCUUUUUUGUGUCAGAGUGAAAAUGAGGUCCAGAUUUGAAUAAAUUAAACACCACUGUCUGACUGAAA